UUUAGACGACGACCACACAUUUCUUUACAUGCCUACAUGUGCAGACGCACAUACACCAUACACACACUUGAGGAAUACAUUCAAACACCGCUACUCUUUUUCUUCUUUUCUUUCGUUUUUUUUUUGUUUUUUUAUUUGUUAUAUGUUUCAGACCUCAGCGAGCAGCAAUUCAUAAUUAUUGUUGCCGCUGUUACUGUUAAUUCGUGCUAACCAUAUAAUACUGACAACAACCAAAACAGCGGAAAAGUUGUUCUCCGUGUAAUAAACAACAGCAACAACAACACUCAAGAGACAACAACAAAAAAAAAAUAAAAGAAGAAAAGCAAAGCACUGCUCACAGUAGUUAGGUUUUGACGGGUGGCUGCUGUUUGCUUAUUAGUGCGAGUUUGUCAUUUGUUUAAUCGUCAGACAUUCGUAUACCCAGCGGUGUUACGGGAUUUGUUCAGCGGAUUCGAAUAUUAUUGAAAGUCCAUAAGAGCGAUUGUGUUUUGCAUACGCACCCACAUACUACUACUAUUUAAGUCUUCGAGAACGUGUAUGUUUUGCGUGUGAGUGAAGUAAGCCAGAUCUGAUAUUCAACGCUUACAACUGGCAACAAACAAUUUCUGUGUAUGCGCACGAGUGUGUAUAUAGUGAGCUGUUUAUGUCAUUGCAUCUGCAUAAAUGUUUUCAAAACAAAAAAAAAAAAACAUCAUUAUAUCCACGUUGGCAAUAAAAGCAUAAAGAUAAACAUAAUCAGUGAAAGCAAUAGUCAAUCUUACUAUAUAGUAGCAACAUCCAAAGAGAAAUUGUUGUUGUAUUAAAAAACCCAAAAAUAAAAACAAAAAAAAAAAAAAAAUACAAAAUACAAAAUACAAAAAGACUUUAAAGCAAAUAUUAUGGAUCGAAGUAUGGACUCGAUUGGCAGCUGUUCGCUAGAUGUUGAUGCCGAAUCAACGGAUAUUUCAGAUACCAGUGGCAGUUUAAAUUUUCCCACACCCAUCUCCAUUAAAGAUAUAACUCGCGAAUUUACUAAUAAUAUACGUGAACGUUGUUCAGUACAAACGGUUAAGAAUACUACCGCUUAUGUGGAUCCAACUACCGGUCAAGUGUGUAUAGCUUUAACUCAACCGCCCACCAUUACGAAUAACAAUAUUGAUAACUCGGAAUUAACCUAUAAAACGAUCGUUACACCACAAACACCUGAUAACGGCAGUUACGAAAAGAAACCGAGCUAUUUGAAUUUGGCAUGUUGCGUUAACGGUUACUCGAAUAUUACGACAUACGAUUCGAAAAUCCGCCAAGACAUUAAUAAAUCGCGUGAAGUCUCGCCUAUAAGGCCAUCCUCGAGCAGUUUACAGUAUUGCAAGAAAAAUAAUUGUUUAGCUCCCCCUAUACUUUUAACCAUGCCGAAUGUAAAUCCUAAGUCGCCGCAAUCACACCUGACAUCACCUAAAAGUAAUAGCAAUAAUAGCGGCAUUAAAUAUAUCAGAGGUGACAACAACAAUCAUACAGAGAAUGGUGAGAGUCAAAAAGAAUGUCCAAAGUUAAGUUUUAUACAGCAACGUGUCGAGCGUUUAUAUGGGCCGGGAGCAUUGGCUCCAGGCUUUUACAGUCCCAAAAAGAAAGAAAGUGCAUCGAUAAAUGGCAGUGAGUCGACGGAAGGCCUAGCGAUCACGACUACGGCUACGACAGAGUUAGCUCGUAAAUUUCAAGAAUUAUCGCCCAGCAAAGACUAUAAUCAAUUUCGUAAGAAAUUUGAAUUCAGCGGGAGAUCCGCCAAUUUACCGACUAAUCCUACUCCAAUAGGAAAUGAAAAUAAUCAAUUGGAGGGAAACAACAAUGUUGAUUUGCCCUGUUUAAGACAUUUAAGUCAAGAGUUUCGAGCUCAAUUACCCACAAUAUCGCCAAAAAGAAAUUACUUGCAACGUAUUUCAACCAGCGUAGUAGAGCAAGAGUAUAAUCGACAAAAUUUAAAUGGCGAUGAUGAUGCUGCGACGCAAAAGCAACAACACGACGUGAAAUUAUUAAUAAAUGUACAAAACAGAAAAUCAUCAAACGAGAGAGAUGAAGUAGAUCAUGAAAGAUGCGUGCAAAUAGAAUCACAGUUUCAUUCACCUGAAACGAAAAAUGUAAUUACUAAAGCUGAAAAUAAAAUGCAAAAAGCAACAACAAAUGGCUUUUCUGAGACGGGUAAAGAUGGUCAUUACUUUUUGCAACAGCUUAAAAUGGAACAAGCUCGCUUACUGAACAUGGCCAGCGAGGCAGAAAAAUGUAUGGAGACUUUAAAGCAUAAUUCUGAAGUAAGCGAAGAUGUAAUGGGAUUUUUGCGUUCCGCUUCUGGUAAAGCUAGACUGCUAGUAUCACAAAAAAUGAAACAAUUUGAAGGCUUGUGCCACAAAAAUUUGAAAAAUUCUUCGGAUGAUAAGUUUCCUACCACAUUGGAUGAUUUGCAAGGAUUCUGGGACAUGGUUUAUCUGCAAAUCGAUCAUGUAGAUUCGUUAUUUAACGAAAUAGAAGAGCUAAAGCAGAAUGGUUGGAAGAAACCUAAAGAAUUGAAGACCAGUGUCAAUAGAACGCCAAGAACUGUGAAGACACCAUUAAGCAAAAAUCGUAAUAGCUCCACGAAUAGUAUCAACAGCACUCCAUCGGUAGCAGCCGUUAAACGUGAAGUACAACGCAAGAAAUUGCAAGAAAUUAAGCGACGCAAUCGUGAAGCUAUGGCUGGUUCGAAUACUGUAACUGGUGAAGACAGUGAUGUUACUAUUGAUGUUGUUGUACAAACUCCUAAAAAACUCGAUGGUAAAAGAAUCAGACCGGAACUCAGUUAAAAAUGCCAAUGAACAAAAUAAUAAUAAAAAAAAAAAAC